AUGACAUUAUCUUCAAUUUUGUACACUCGUGCCCCACCUUCACUGAAAAUUUUAAAUCAACUAUUAUUGCCUCACCAAACUACAUAUGAGUCGGUGACAACAGUUCAACAAGGUUAUGAUCAAAUUAAACAGAUGAAAGUCCGGGGUGCACCGGCAAUAGGAAUCGUUGCCUCACUUUCUUUAGCCGUAGAUCUACAACUUAAACUACACAAUUUUACCGAUAUAAAUCCUAAAGAUCCUGAAGUUCUGAGCAUAAUCUCGUCUCCACAGGAGCUUAAGGCAUUUGUUCGUAAAUCGCUUGAUCAUUUGAUCACCUCACGUCCAACUGCUGUAAAUUUAUUUCUUGCCUCAAAAAAACUAUGGGAGAUUACUUGCAAGGAGUUUGAAGAGGGAUUGGAAUCAAGAGAAAUUAUCGAGAAAUUGGUUGAUGCGGCUGUUAAAAUGUUAGAGGAUGAUUUGGAAGAUAAUAAAAAUAUUGGAAAACAUGGAGGCGAAUUCUUGAUCAAAAAAGUUGAAGAUGAACAUGAAAACAAAAUGAUCAGUGUGAUCACUCAUUGCAACACUGGUUCACUAGCAACAUCCGGUUACGGGACAGCACUUGGUAUAAUACGUGAUCUACAUUCGCGGGGGCGUUUGCUGCAUGCCUAUUGCACCGAAACGCGUCCUUACAAUCAAGGCUCACGGCUAACUGCUUAUGAACUUUUACAUGAUAAAAUUCCGAGUACUUUGAUCUGCGAUUCUAUGGUUUCUUCUUUAUUGUCAUCGUCAACACCACCGCAUCUUAAGUCAUCUCUAGCAGUCUCAGCGACUUCAAACAAAAUUACGGCAAUUAUAGUAGGUGCGGACAGGAUCUCCAGGAAUGGAGAUACCGCAAAUAAAAUUGGCACGUAUCAGUUGGCUAUAACUGCAAAGUAUCACGGUAUCUUUUUUAUAGUUGCUGCGCCAUUCAUGAGUAUUGACUUGACCAUAAAAAGUGGCAAAGAUAUAAUUAUAGAAGAGAGAUCAGAGGACGAAGUGGUAUUCGUGAGCGGAGUUCCUGUGAUAGGCGAAGGAGGUAGAUAUAAUGAAGUUAAGGACGAAAGUGGUAAAAUAAUUAUCGAUAAGGUUAGGGUGCCGCCAAGGGGAGUUAAAGUUUGGAAUCCAAGUUUUGACAUAACACCAGCCGAAUUAAUUAGUGCAAUUGUAACCGAGAAAGGUGUUUUUGAAAAAAGUGAAGGAGUGAAAGAAUUUAAUUUAGAAAAAUCGCUAGAAUAA